ACUACGCCGGGAGUUCUCGCGCACUCCGCACGUUCGUUAUAUCGUUGUAUUUACUCGUACUCGUAUUGUUCGAAGUGAAAAGUUUCGUGAAAGAAUGGUGUUGGCGGACUUCUUGACUGAGACCAGAAGGCGGUGGUUAAAGGCCUUCAAACUCUUCAAGAGGAGCAGAUCCCGCAAGGGCACUCGUAACCGGGUGUCACCAGCCCUAGUGCGGUCCCCUUCCUACAGCGGGACCGUCGACGCUCGCUCCGAGAUCGACCUGCAGCGUUUCUGCGCUUGCCGCGCCUCGCUGCCCCCUCUCAGCUUAGCCCAGGAGUCCUUCGAGAACACAUCUUAUUAUAGCAGCUACAACAGCUACAGUUCUCGCAACGAAUCCGAAGACUCCAACUUCGAUGGCGCUAGAUCUGAUUCAGCAUAUGACUCGGCUAGAAGCAGCCCAUCAAAUCACCGAGCGCCAGUCUGCUACGCCACAGUUACGUAUUUCAACGUUAAUGACAGUGAGGACAGCAGCAGCAUCAGGACAGAAUACACGCUGUUGGACUACGAGGCUGAUGAUGAUGAGCCCGAGGACGAGAGGACGCAGAACAUGAUCAACGAAAGCAUCGAGCUCGUUAGUACGUUAUGAAUUGAGAGCGAGGAAAGUACGCGUUUAGAAUCUAUCUAGGUAUGAUGUGAAGAAUUUUCCCUUUUCUUCUACUUACGGAUUGACUGGCUGGGAGAUCUUGUGAAUGUUAACCUGGAUCAGGGUUAUGAUAGGUGUUUCUAAGUAGGUACUCUUUGUUUUAAGUUCUUCGAUAGAAACUUUAUUGUGUGUUAGAAGAGUGAAAACACCAAAAAUUGCAAACAAUUUCUCGCUUGUUGAAACUAUAAAUUAAGUACUUAGAACUAAACAAUCAGGGUUUUCCCUGUUUUCAACAUUGAUUAUUAUCAAAGUUCAAAACUAUUCAUACUUCAUAAUUUGUUUGGGCUUUCGGGUGGUUUCUAUCUAGUAUGUUGGGAAAAUUAAUAUUUGUUUUAGUUCUAAUAUUUAUUGGUUUACCUACUUGUUUUACAAUUAAACUUUUGAUGAGCGAGAGUGAGAGACUUAGUAAUAUGGUUUCAGAAAAACAGAAAAACAAGAGCCAAUUUAAUAUUAUUGUAUAUU